AUGUCGAACAAAUCUAGUCAUCUGCCAGACGAGACUGCGCCGCUCCUCAACGGCGAGACUUCGUCAGGCGCCUACGGCCACGCCCACAAUGCCAACGGCAACGGCAAUGGCCACCUCCACGUCCGCCACGGCACUGGUGCCCUCAUGUUUUUCUUCGAUUCCAAACGCACUCCCGGUCUCAACAACGAGAAUCUCGUCCUGCGGAGCCUCGCCUACAUGUGGCAUGUUACCAAGAUCACCUUGUUGAGCAACUAUGUCAACUUCCUCCUCAUCAUGGUGCCCAUCGGCAUUGUGGCCGGUAAGCUGGAAUGGAGCCCGACUGCCGUCUUCACUCUUAACUUCUUCGCCAUCAUCCCUCUCGCUGCCGUGCUUUCGUUUGCGACCGAGGAAAUCUCCAUCAAGCUGGGUGAAACCUUGGGUGGAUUGCUCAACGCCACCUUCGGAAAUGCCGUCGAAUUGAUUGUCAGCAUUGUUGCGCUAAAGGACAACCAGAUUGAAGUCGUCCAGGCCUCUAUGCUGGGAUCUAUUCUCUCCAACCUGCUUCUGGUUAUGGGAAUGUGCUUCCUCCUGGGCGGUCUUCUUCACCGUGGCGAGUCUGGUAAUGGCACGGAGCAGACCUUUUCUUCUGCCACUGCCCAGACCACUUGUUCCAUGAUGACUCUGGCCUCGGCUUCGCUCAUUAUUCCCGCUGCUCUCUACGCUGUUCUUGACCAGAAUGGCUCCGAAGACAAGAUGAAGAGCGUUCUCACCCUCUCGCGCGGAACCGCCAUUAUUCUCCUCUUGCUCUACGUCUUGUACCUCAUUUUCCAACUUCGCACCCACAGCAACUUGUUCGAUGCCGAGAACCAGGAUGGAGAGGAGCACGAACCCGAGGAACCCAUGAUGGGGCCCAUUGCUGCCGGAGCCGUUCUCGUCGUCACUACGAUCCUUGUCGCCAUUUGCGCCGAUUAUCUCGUUGGGAGCAUUGACCCGUUGGUUGAGACAGCGGGCAUCAGCAAGGCUUUCAUUGGUCUGAUUUUGAUUCCGAUUGUGGGUAAUGCCGCUGAGCAUGUCACUGCUGUCGUGGUUGCGGCCCGAGACAAGAUGGACCUGGCUAUGGGUGUUGCCAUUGGCUCCAGCAUCCAGAUUGCUCUCCUUGUUACUCCUUUCCUCGUCAUCGUCGGUUGGAUCAUUGGCCGUGACAUGUCUCUCCACUUCGAGACCUUCCAGACCGUCGCCUUCGCCGUUUCGGUUCUCGUUGUCACCUACACUGUCCAAGAUGGCAAGUCCAACUACCUCGAGGGCGCCAUGCUCCUCGGCCUCUACUCCAUCAUCGCCCUCGCAUUCUACGCCACCCCCAGCGAUGCCAUUAAGAGCGGCUUCUAA